UUCAUCUUUGAAUCGAUUGAUGCGAAUGCUUAUUUUUGCGCAGUUUCCAGUCAAACGGAGCUACACGCUGGCAAGAGUCCAGGAGUGAGGGAAAGCUUGCAGCCGAACGUUUGCGAACCGCAACAGGUUGGCAUCUUAAGGGGAGCAGCAGCGUACACUAAAUCAUAUCGCAACAGUGAUGAUAUCCUUAAACAUCUCGCCGUUGCAUAUCUGUUCACCAUCCUGAAGUCACCCCCGAAAUGGUCACCAGAAACGUUCUCCGAAAUAGUGGCCCAGGAGUUGUCGAUCGCCAAAGCCCCACUGGAAACCAAGCUCCCAAUCCGUCGAAACGACAAAACGUACAACAUUCAUCUCUCGAGCACACUCGUAAAGGGACGCUUCGUAACACCGCAGGACCGGUCGGAUCACGUUCACCUAAGCAUCCAUCAGGCACUAUCGCGCAUCAAGCGCGGAAAGGCAGCCGUGUGGAAGUGUGACGGACACUUCUUCCUCAUACGCCGUCUCUUAACCGGCUGGUACUUCUACACCCCGAGCCUGCAGGACAAACCGGCCCUCAUGUUCUUCAGCUGUCCCCAGCUGAUGGUGAACCUCGUACAGGACACGUAUGGUUGCACCGAACGCUCCAAGUACUUCCUUUCCAACGUGGUGCUGCACUCGGUCGAGGAAGGUGAUGUGGUGCGCAUCGUGUGGAAGAUGAAACGCUCCAUCGGGAUGAAGCUGCUCUCCUCGCUGGAAGCGAUCCUGCACGGUAACAUCUAUCUGGUACGACCGAGCCUGGAACGGUCGCUAGAAAUUGGGCUGAACGUGCUGGACCAUGCGCAGCAGGAUCGCACCAAACCCCGCUCCUGGGACAAUAAGCUACUGAACGGUUGCUUCAAGCGUGUUGAAACGCACUGGAAAGCAGCCGAACGGAUGGCGUGCUUUGUGCGCGACAAAAGCGAACCAAACUACACGAUCGGCGGGUAUACGGUAACGUGCCGUACCUCGCCGAUAGGACACCGGCAGCGCAAACACUUCGAGGAGAUGGUGAACUACUUUCUUGCCUCCUGCACCGCGCUGCUGAUCGUGGGCCGAGACUGUUGCUUUGUGUUUUGGGCGCGGGACAGCUUCAUGUACUGGUUCAGCCCGUACCGGUACAGUGCGCUGCAGGAGCGGCCCGAGAUUGUACAAAGCCGUGCCUGCUUUCUGCACAUGACGAACGCGCUCGCCAAAGCGUCCCAAUCGCUGUACGAGUAUCUGUACGAGCUGGGCGUGUUUCCGGAUAGUACGAUCGAGCUGCUGCCGGUGCGCAUCGAGGAUGGGAGUGCACACGCCCCCAUACCGGACGAUGGGGACGAGGAUUCGCUCGACCAGAAAGGGCUUACGAUACCGCCGGCGAGUGAGCAGGGCUGGACCAACUUCUACUCGCCGACGCUGCACAGCCCGUCCGAGUUGCGGUUGGCUCGGCAGAUGCUUGAUAUGGUGUAUCAGACAGCUGAGGAUCGUUGUGGUUGAGCGGCUGUGAGUAUCUGGUUACCGGACAACAUUUUCACACUCAUUGGAAGCAAAAUGGAUUAACCGCACAAGUGUUCAGAAGCAUUUGUAAUGUGAUCCACUGAAAGGAUCCAGGAAAGAUUACACAGCCCAUCCGAUUAA